GGGAGCCGCCUCGCAGCGACCCCUCAGCCGCCCACGCUCCUCCCGGCCGGCGGAGAGCGGCGCGGCCGGCCCACGGCCGGGGGUACACCCACUCGGGGAGGGGGAGAAGCUGUAGCGCAGCCCCCGCACUGCGCCCGCCCUGCCCUGCCUGCGGGGCGGAGAGCGGCGGGCCCGAAGCGGGCGGGCGGCGCGGGCCGCGUUCCCCCGCGGCACAGGCGGCGGCGGCGGGCCGGGAUGUUGCCGGCGCUGCCGGAGGGCGAUGAGCGGGAGCUGGAGAGCAGCGAGGAGGGCGGCGGUGCGGGCGAGGAGCGGCGGCCGGAGCGGCACGGCAGCACCUACCACAGUCUCUACAGCUACCGGAGCUGCAGAUCCUCACAGCAGGGAGCAGGCGGUGGGGAUGGCAGUCCCAGCAGCGCGGCAGCAGAGACACCCUCCAGCGAAGACUUCAGCCUCACCUUGCUGGACACUAACUUACCAGCUGAAGCAGAGACUGAAUUGCGCAGUUUUAUCACUAAGCGUCUUACUAAAGGAGCCCUGUUUGAUGGAAUGGGGAAUGUAGCGUCAGUGGGGCUGAGCAUACCAGAAUAUAAAGUUGGUUGUUAUUACUGUCGUUUCCAACAUGAAAAUCUUCUAGAAAUGGCAACACUGGAAUCAGACAUCAGUGCUCCAGAGUAUGUUGUUUGUUUCUUAGGCGGCUCAGAGAAAGGUCUGGAACUUUUCAGACUUGAGCUGGACAAAUACAUUCAAAGUCUGAAGAUAAACCUUGAUUUGGCGCAAAAAACCUUGGAGACCUAUGUUAACCCCUACCUGAGAAGCUGGUUUGAGAACGCCAUAUGCCCUAUUCACAGAGUAGUACAGCUCUUCCAGGAGAAGCUUGCCUUUUUGUUACAUGCUGCUUUGAGUUACACUCCUGUGGAAGUAAAAAACGCAGAUGAAAGAACAGAAAAAGACAUUAGCAGGUUUCUGGCAGCUGCCAGCCUCCAAGGACUUGUUCAGGAAGGCACAAUGACCUCCUUGUGUAUUGCCAUGACUGAGGAACAGCACAAGUCAAUGGUUGUAGACUGUAGUGGACCUCAGCCUCAGUUGCAUAAUGCAGGAAGCAAUAGAUUCUGCGAGGACUGGAUGCGUGCUUUUGUGAAUGGUGCUGAAGGUGGAAAUCCAUUUCUCUUCCGGCAGAUUUUGGAAAACUUCAAAUUGAAGGCUAUACAAGACAUUAACAACCUAAAAAGGUUUAUCCGCCAGGCUGAAAUGAACCACUACGCCUUGUUCAAGUGUUACAUGUUUCUAAAGAACUGCGGCAGUGGAGACAUCCUUUUGAAGAUUGUUAAAGUAGAACAUGCAGAAAUGCCAGAAGCCAGAAGUGUAGUGACUGUCCUUGAGGAAUUCAUGAGAGAAACUUCAGUGGCUUAAAAUUAUCUUAAUCAUUCUAUACUCGUUUGAGUGUAUUGUAUAAAUCAUUAAUUUCUUCUGUUGAGCUUAGUUUCACUAUUGCAGGAUUUUAAAUUUCUACUUGAAAGUAUUAUCCAAGUCAGACCUAAGUUGCAGUUUCAUCUGCCUUUUCUCUUUUUUAGAUAAAGCAGUAUGAGCUUUUUUAAAUGUGUAAAUACCGGAUUAUACAAACUCCUGCAUAGUUUUCAGUGCUUACCAGAUUCUCCAACUGAGCCGCUCCUUUCCUGAGGAAAUCAUGACAUUUGGUUUUUACAGUCAUUGCACACACACAUACACACACACACAAAAUCCCUUACCUGGCAAGCAUUUCAGGGUUUUAAAUAGUUAAAGUAUUUUUAAAAUGAUCAUGUCUAAUCAUUAAGAUCUGGUUACUUUUGUUUUAAUAUAUAAAGAAGCAUAAACAUGGAUAAAUCAUAGUAAGUGAAUUAAUUAUGUUUGUUUAUAUAAGAGAACAUAGGUAACAAGCCUGUAGCUAGUUUCCACAUUCUACUUUCAAAUUGGGUAUUUGUUCUUCUGUUACUAGAUAAACAACUUGUUAAUUGGUAUGAAACUGAACAGAGUUUUAGGAAUCGGUUUGUAUGUGCUGGUAUGUCUGCAUGCAGACACUGGAUGGACACGGUAAAUUCCCAGGCCGUUUGAUGAAUCCCAUUCUUCGGUAGCUUGCGUUGUGAUCAAGACCUUUUUAUGUUCUUGGUACCCAUUUUGCAUAACUGUAAAUAAUAAUAUGUUUCAGUCGUGCAGAAUUAAACCUGAAAAUUUGGCAGAUUAAAUAUGAUCUUAAAUUAAUAGAAAAUUCUUCAGAAAAUGAAGUAGACUAGUUUCCCAAGCUAAUUAUUCAGACAUUUCAUUGUGUUUCAGCAUUGAAUUCUUACCUACAUUUAGUCAGGAGAAUACUUAAACUCUGGGUACAGCUGGAAUAAAAACUCAUGAGGCCUGAGUGACCCAUAAACAAGGACUACUUCUGCAAACCUGAUACAAGCAGACCUUGCUGUUCCUUCCCUUUGCAGCAGAGGGUGUUUGAAGGCCUGACUUGGCACAUUUGAAUUACUCUCCCUGAAACAGUAACAGUCUUACCAAUGCAGUUAGGUUUGACUGUUCUGCCAGUGCUGUAUACUGUGAUGAUAAAAGUUGAAUGCUUUCCUGUGACACCUCUGUGUUGAAACUAUAAUAAGUUUUACAAUAAAACACAUUCAAAUCCUUAA